AUGGAAAAGUCACGCCCGAUGCUGCUGGCCGCCUCCGCUGUGGCGAAAUUCGAGACGACCACCACCACGACGACGGACGGCCAGCACAAAAAGCUUUCGGAAGACGAACGAAGAACGGCGCGAUCAAUCCCAUCAGUCGGCACGACGACUCGGUCGCCGUUAUGUCCGACGUGGAUCAACGAAAGAAGUCAGAAUGCCGAUCGAAAUCGUGGACGAGUUUAA